UUCAUUUCCGGUCUAAAAUUUGGAAUUGAAAGUUGACAGUUGUGCAGAGUUUUCAAAGAAUGUUCAAGAUAGUAAUAAUGAAAUAAUCAAACAAACACAAAAUGUUUUCCCGUUAUACAGACGAUGAUUGUAAAAAGUUAUAUAAAAUGGUAUAAAACAACAUAAAAAAUAAAUAACACUUACACUUUUAUGCUUGUCUGAACUUAUCCCAGAUUUACAUUUUGUUAAAAAAAUUGUUAACACAAUGGAAGACCAGACAGUGUCAGCAGCCUACAUUUUUCGGGGCAUUGAGUACAUAGUUACUAUGCUAGUGAAGAAUGAAAAUACUCUGACGGUGGAGGUCGAGGACAAACUAACGGCAGACCAGUGGAGAGCAGACUUUGAUGCAGCAUAUGUUGAGGAUCUCACUCACAAAACUGGAAAUUUUAAACAGUUUAACAUCUUUGUGAGCAUGUUGGAAUCAGGUAUCAUACAGGCUAGCGAAAGUGUUUCACUGGAUCUGUUGACAUAUGCAGACCUUGAGUCAUUACGGCAGCGGAAAUCUGGCAGUGCUGCUAAGCAAUCAGGUCCAGCUCAGAGAACGGUGGCGCUCAACUCCAAACGAUACCUCAUCCUUACCUACACUGUGGAGUUUGACAGGAUUCACUACCCACUGCCAUUGCCAUACGUUGGGAAACCAGACCCCCGACAGCUCCAGGAGCAGGUCCGGGCUCUCCGCUCCGAGGUGAAGACCCUCAGACAACAGGGUCCGUUGGAGUCAAAGUCGAAAGAUGUUGAAAAGCUGAGAAAAGAACUAGAUGCUCUCAGUAAAGAGAAAGAAGACAUUGAGUCAGAGUUCUUGCAGUAUCGCCGUGAAGUGAAAAACACAAGUCAGGGAAACGCCGUCAAGGAGCUAAAGAUGCUGAAGGUUAUGGUGCGACAGUUGGAGGAAGAGCUUAUGAAGGAGAAGACCAAGCACCAGCGACACGCCACCCGCCAUGGGCAGCAGUACAGGGACUUACUAGAGGAGGUAGAGGAGCUGCGGGCGUCUGAGCGGAACCUGAAGAUCAGGGUGAAGAAUUUGACAAAUGAGCUUGCUCUCUUUAAGCGGGACAAGGUGCAUGCGAGACCGUCCCGCUCCUACAGUCGUGAGAGAACAAACUCAUUUGACCGCUACUCUAGUCGUGACCGGUCAGGCUCCCGGGAGAGAGAGCGGUCACUGUCCCGGGAUCGCUCAUGGUCAGAUAGACUAUCAGUCAGGGACCGGUCAGUGGAACGUCCAUCGUCUGCCAACAGGAGUCGCCUGAGUGAGCGUUCUAACAGCUUUAAGAACAGCUACCGCAGUCGUACACCAUCACCAGCAGGUGGAGGCAAGUCAAGGUUUGACCCGUCAGCGUAUGUCCGUGAACGUGAGAGAAAAAAGAAAGAAGCCUCAUUGAAAAAGAAACGACAACCACGAGCAAAUGUUUCUGGCUCAUCAUUAAGUUCUCGUCCCACCCCAGCCUCCAGGCACCAGCACAGCCGUCUCUCAGCUAACAGCAGAAAUCGAUCAAGGAAUUCUUCAUUUGGGAGUGCUGGUGAACUGACUGAUGGGGGAAUGUCGGACUCCUCCUACACCGGCAGUAUCAGAAACUACAGCAGACCGAGGCGGCCCCGGCCUCACAGACAGACAGACAGACCAGGCCUCACUAAGGGAUACGCGUCCAGCCCUGAUGUGCCAAGUAAAACAGAGAGCAAGACAAAAAAGAGCAGUAAGAUAUUGGCGAGCACUCCUGAUUCUGAGUAUGGGAGAACCCGUUCUGUACUGAACAAGGAAAACAUUCCAGCCAGGAACGGUUAUGAAAGUGACUUAUUCGACAGAUCAGCUGAAAUUUCUGAGAUAGAUGAGAGAUUAAACCGCCUACAACAAUUGAUGAAGACCAGUAUGUCCUGACGAAGAUUUCGGCAAGCAUUUCAUGAUGAAGAUUACUGCAAGCAUUUUAUGAUAAACAUUACUACAAGGAUUUUAUAAUAAGGAUUUUUGCAAGCUUGUUAUGAUAAAGAUUUCUGCAGAAUUUCAUGAUAAAGAUUUACUGCAAGUAUUUCCUGACAGAGAUAACUGAAAGCAUUUCAUGAUAAAGAUUAUUGCAAGUAUUUCCUGACAGAGAUAACUGAAAGCAUUUCAUGAUAAAGAUUUACUGCAAGUAUUUCCUGACAGAGAUAACUGAAAGCAUUUCAUGAUAAAGAUUACUAAAAGCAUUUUAUGUUAAAGAUUAUUGCAAGCAUGUUAUGAUAAAGACUUCUGCAAGCAUUUGAUGAUAAAGGUUUCUGCAAGCAUUUCAUGAUAAAGAUUACUAAAAGCAUUUUAUGUUAAAGAUUAUUGCAAGCAUGUUAUGAUAAAGACUUCAGCAAGCAUUUGAUGAUAAAGGUUUCUGCAAGCAUUUCAUGAUAAAGAUUUCUGCAAGAGAUUACUGCAAGCAAACCAUGAUAAAGAUUACUGUAAGCAAUUCAUAAUGAAGAAUACUGCAACCACAGCAACUGAACCUUACUUUGCCGACUGCAACCAUCAUUACAGAAGUUAACAUGGUUGCACUGGCAUUUCUUAGUCUCAGGGACAGUUUUGUAGCACCCUGAUAUAUUCUUGUAGUUGUAUAUUUGUGAUUACAGAUCAAAAUGUUAAUGUUACUAGGAUAAUCAUUGGAAACUUGUCGCAUAGUCUGGGUACUUACAGGCAUUAUUAUCUCCUUCAUUAACGAAUUGCUAGGUUCCUGUUUUGAAAAUUGUCAAUAUUUAAAAGAAAAUUGUCAAUAUUUAAAAAGCGAUUUAUGUUUUACCAUUAAAUUAUUUUUUUUAGUGUAUGUAGAUGGGAAAUAAUUUUAUUUCCUUGUCGAUGUAUCCAAUCUCAAUGUAUACAUAACAUGUAUGUCUUGUUUUUAUUAAAUGUAAAAAGUAUCGUUUCUUAAGAAUAAAUUUUUAUAUAUUU